AUGCCGACAGUUCCAGACUGGGUUCUCGAUUCUAAGCUCGAGACACAUUUCCCAGCUGGUAGCAAAUACGAGACAGUGCACACCUACUACCAGCAGGAAUCCCUUUCCCGUCGGCCAAUAAAAAAAUCAGAACACUGGCAGCGCGAGAAGAAGAUAGGCGAUGGUGGAUUUGGAGAGGUGUGGCUGGAGAGAUGCACAAAGGGAAACAGCCAUGGUCAUUACGUCCGUGCAAUAAAGCAGAUGGAAGUGCGCCGGCAAGUAGACUAUGGCCAUCAGCAGUACGAGCGAUGUUUUGUCAAGUCGUUGGGGUGGUACCAGACCGAAGCCAAGUUAUUUAUUGCAAUGGAAUAUCUUGAGCUUGGGGAUCUGCAAGAUUAUCUCCAUGGCCAGAAGCAACCGCUGCCGGAAUUUGAGGCGCAGUGCAUCAUGUCCCAGAUUCUGGAGGGCCUGGAUUUAAUGCACGAGAAUGGCUAUGCACAUCGUGAUUUGAAACCGAAUAAUAUCCUUUUGAGAUCUUGUCCACCAAAUGAUUGGUGGGUAAAGAUCGCAGACUUUGGGAUCAGCAAACGUAUCGAGUAUGGCCUUGGAAAAUCAACGACCAUGAAGGGUACAUUCGGAUAUAUUGCCCCUGAACUCUUUGGAUUCACUGCACAAGGCACUCCAUAUGCCGUUGACAUUUGGGCGGCUGGAGAGAUCAUGUUCCAAAUUUUGACCAAGCAACCCACAUUCAAGCAUCCAGGGUUGCUCUUUACCUACGUCCAAACGCCUAACAUAUUUCCUUCCAAUCAACUUUUGGCCAACGAAGUCAGUCAACCUGGAGUUGAGUUUGUCUUGUCUCUUAUGCACCCUACCCCGGCAGGCAGAAUGUCAGCCAAAGAUGCUUUACAGCACAGGUGGAUUGAUCAUAUAUUGCCCUAUAAUCGCCAAUCGGCUCCUCCACUGGUGUAUAAAGAGGCACAUACUACAUCAUCGCUUGACUUAGUGACGGAGCAAUUGGGAUCAUGGAACACUACCAAGUCUCCAGAGUCACCUACCGCAUCAACACCUGACUCAAUGACAGGAAAGUUUGCCUCGACUACCAAGUCCCCAGAGGUAUUCGAAACUUUUAUUCCGAAAACAGAGGAAUUGGGAGCCUUGUCUCUCCAAACUUCAAGCAACGAAACUGUAAAGUUUCACCCAGUGGAACAAAGUAGUGCCAGAGCUGUCCAAAUCCCGCUUCCCCUUAGGCUUGAGAGCCAAACCCCAUGGGUGAAUUCCGUGGCAUUCUCACCCGAUGGUCGACUGAUGGCAUCUGGAUCUGAUGAUACCACAAUCGACCUCUGGCACACUACGACAAACACUCUAUACAGAACGCUUGUGGGCCAUUCCCGAUUUGUGACUUCCGUGGCGUUCUCUCCCGAUAGUAAAUGUGUGGCAUCUGGAUCUUAUGAUCACACAGUUACGCUAUGGCAGACUGAUGGUACUAUGCAUAAAACGCUUGGGAGCCAUUCAAAUCGGGUGACAUCUGUGGCAUUUUCACCUGAUGGUAAAUUAGUGGCAUCUGGGUCCGAUGAGAUUAAAAUUUGGAGUACUAUCAACGGCGCGAUACAAAAUACACUUUUGGUCCAUUCCGAUGGCGUCAGCUCUGUGGCAUUCUCACCAGAUGGUAGAUUGGUGGCAUCUGGAUGCUAUGACAACACAAUCAAACUCUGGAAUACCAUCCCAGGCACUAUAUACAGAACGCUUGAGGGUCAUUCCAGAUGGGUGGCUUCCGUGGCAUUCUCACCUGAUGGUAAAUUGGUCGCGUCUGGAUCUGAUGAUAACACAGUUAAGCUCUGGCAUACUACUGGCGCUCUAAAAGAAACACUUGAGGGCCAUUCAAAUCGUGUGUCAUCUGUGAAAUUCUCACCAGAUGGUAAAUUGGUGGCAUCGGCAUCUUUAGAUGGCUCGAUCAUACUCUGGGAUACCACCACGUGCGUUGCACGGAAGGUGCUCACACGCCGUUCAGAUCGAGUCAACUCUGUUGCAUUCUCGUCCGAUGGCAAAAUGUUGGCAUCUGGAUCUACUGACAAAGUAGUCAAGCUAUGGGGCAAUAUCUCUUAA